AUGCCGCUUAUGACAAUCUAUCUCUACAGCAUACUCCUCAUAACAUUCUUCACAUUCACGGCACGCCGAAUAUACCACUGGCAGCGAUUGCGCCACAUCCCCGGCCCUGCCAGCGCAGCAUGGACAAUAUGGUGGCAGCUUUCAAACGCCUUGUCAGGACGUUAUCAUGAGCGGUUGAAACAAGCUGCCGACACUUACGGCCCUCUUGUGCGCAUCGGACCCAAUCAGCUCCUCUCCACUGAUCCAGAAGUCCUCCGUCGCAUGUCGGCAGUUCGCAGCGGCUACACCAAGGGCAAGUUUUACGCAAGCGGCAAGAUUGUCCCCGGCGUAGACAAUGUCGUCUCGUUGCGAGACCCGGCCAAGCAUAAAGAAAUGCGCGCCCUGAUGGCCCCCGGUUUCUCCGGCAAGGCAAACGAAGGUUACAGCUUCGAAGCCGCCAUGAAUCGCCAACUGCUAAGCUUCAUUGAUCUCCUUGAGCGCAAAUACGUCUCGUCCGGCUCUGACGUGCGUCCCUUUGACAUGGCCGAGAAGACACAGUUCUUCGCCCUGGACGCCAUAGGCGACAUCUCUCUCGGACAACCAUUCGGCUAUCUCGACAAGGAUGAAGAUUUGUACCAGUACAACGAAAUCAACACAACGUCGCUACCGCUCAUGAAUGUCGUCUCUGUGAUGCCGGCGCUGGCAAACAUUGUCCAUACAUGGCCCUUAAGAUUGCUGCUGCCAAAGGAGGGCGACCAGGUCGGCUUCGGUCGUCUGAUGCGCUUUGCGCGAGGUUACGUGGAUACGAGACUGGAUCCAAAAACCCCCCGAGCCCAAGACAUGAUGCAAGCCCACAUCGACAGCGGCAUGUCCAAGAACGACCUCAUCCAACAAGUCUUUCUCUCAAUCAUCGCCGGCUCGAACUCCUCCGCCCACGCCCUCCGCAUGACCCUCCUCUCCCUCAUCACCUCCCCACCAGCCUACAACGCCCUCAUCGACGAAAUCCGCCGCGCCUCUCCCACCGUCAGCUCUCCCAUCACCUGGGCCCAAGCGCAGACCCUGCCCUACCUCCAAGCAGUCAUCCGCGAAGGUCUCCGCAUGUGGCCUCCCGUCGGCGGCCUCGGCUUCAAGACGGUGCCCCCGGAAGGCGACCACAUCAACGGUCUCUUCGUCCCCGGCGGCACGGAAAUCGGCCAGGGCUUCCACGGCGUCGGACGCUCAAAGGCCGUCUGGGGCCCGGACGCCGACGUCUUUCGCCCAGAGAGGUGGCUCAACGCCCCGGAGGAUCGACUCAAGGAGAUGACGGACGCUGUGGACACGCAUUUUGGUUAUGGCAAGUAUUCUUGUCUCGGGAAGCCGAUUGCCAUGAUGGAGUUACACAAGGCUGUUUUUGAGGUACGUUACACAGUCUAG